AUGUCGACCUCUCUCUCUGCAGCGACACCCUCGAUGACAGCCUCGAAGCCGCUUGCCACCACCACCACGACCAGCUCACCUAGGGGUUUCGAGGUGGUCUACGUGGACGGUGCGUGCAGCCAUAAUGGAACUGCCCAGGCGCGGGCCGGCUACGGCGGGUACUACGGCUCCAUGUCAGAUCCCCGCAACUUCUCGUGUCCGGUGCCGCUGACUGAGUCGCAGACGAACAACCGUGGAGAGGUGCGUGGGGUCAUACACGCGAUUGUCCAGGCUUUCGUCGAUGGCGGCGCCCCUGCAGAUGCGCUGGGAGCGACCCACCUCGUCGACCCGUCGGCUUGGCCCCUCGGCGACCUCACACGACCGCUGCCGCAUCUCAUCAUCUACACCGACAGCCGCUACGUCAUUGACGGGCUCACCCGGUACGCGAAGAAGUGGGUGCAGAACGGCUUCAUGCUGUCGACGAAUGAGCCGGUACAAAACCAGGACUUGUGGAGGCAGCUGAUCCGGCUGCGCGACCGGUACAACACGGUUUACGCGAGACAGCAGCAUGACCAGCAGCGCGCGCGUCAAUGGGGUGACGGGGACCACAGGGAGGCAGACCUUGCGGAGCCGGUGCGGUACACGUGCCAGAACACCCGGAACGACGAGAGCGAGGGCGUUGAGCUGAUUCACGUGCGAGGUCACUCGAAGGUGCACGGUAACGAGAUGGCUGACUCGCUGGCGGUGAUGGGGUCUCGACUGCACAAAUCGUAG